AUGCACACGCAAACACUCACUCGGAGUGCACGCAGAGUUCAAGAGCGCUGGAUGCAAGGGGAGUGGACAUAUUUUGGGGAAAAGUGCUCACACUAUCAGACGGGAUCACUUGCGUGUGUUUGUAGUCGAAAGGAAGGUGUCAACUGUUGCUGCUGCUGUUUCUUUUCCUUUUUUUCAAUUUUGAGGGAAGCUGCUGCGCAUGCAGACGGCCAUGUGGCAGAUGUGAGGAAAACAAAGUUUAGCACAGGGCUAAGGGAAGACAAGGCAGCACAGAGGGGAAAUCAGACCCGUCCACGCGCCAUGACGAAAGAAGGCUCUCGCCAUCCAAGUCCAAAUGAAGAUGGGGCGCCGCGCUGCGUGUCUGGCAGCAAUUAUGGCAGCAAAGACAGCGGGAUUAGGGUGCUAUCCCAUCCAGGAGUCCCAUUAGUGGGAUUGAUGUUGUUGGCCGUCAUCCCGUUUGGAGUGAGCAUCAAACAAAGUGUCCCUCGAGUCAAACUGAGCCAAAGAGAGCUUCUGCAAGCAGGCAGCGUUUCUCUCUUUUUGGGCCCCUCCGACGGCCUUCUGGCCCACUCCCUGCUGCUGGAUGAGGAGAGGGGUCGUCUUCUGCUGGGAGCUAGAGAUCACAUCUACCUGCUUGACCCUGACAACCUCGCCAAAGGUCCCAGAAAGAUUUACUGGCCUGCACCUCGAGACCGAGUGGAGGCAUGCAAACUGGCAGGCAAAAAUGCAAACGAGUGCGCCAACUUUGUGAGGGUGCUCCACAACUACAACCUGACGCAUAUUUACGCCUGUGGGACAGGAGCCUUUAACCCCAGCUGUGCUUUUAUUGAAAUCUCUGGCUCUAGACAGGAAGGAGUGUUCCAGCUGCUGUCUGCUACAGUGGAGUCUGGCAGAUUAAAAUGUCCUUUUGAUCCAUUGCAGUCAUUCACUUCAGUCCUAACAGACCAGUAUCUAUAUGCGGGCACCGCUUCGGACUUCUUGGGCAAAGACACGACAUUCACACGCUCCCUCGGCCCGCCACCUGACCAACACUAUAUCCGCACCGACAUCUCCGAGGACUACUGGAUCAAUGAGGCCAAGUUCAUAUCGGCACACCCCAUCGCAGACACCUACAAUCCGGACGACGACAAAAUCUAUUUUUUCUUCCGGGAAGUGUCGUGGGAAGGCAACGACAAGAGCGUCCUGUCACGCGUGGCUCGUGUUUGUAAGAAUGAUGUGGGUGGCCUGAGAAGUCUGACUAACAAAUGGACCACCUUCCUGAAGGCCAGACUUGUGUGCUCCAUACCUGGACCGGAAGGAGUGGAUACGCACUUUGAUGAGCUACAGGACAUUUUUAUGCUUCCUACAAGGGAUCCCAAGAACCCAACUGUGUAUGCGGUCUUCACAACCUCCAGCUCCAUUUUCCGGGGUUCGGCAGUGUGCGUGUACAGCAUGGCUGACAUUAGGGCGGCGUUCAACGGGCCCUACGCCCACAAGGAAGGGCCGGACCACCGCUGGGUCGAGUAUGAGGGGAGGAUACCCUAUCCACGUCCUGGAAUGUGCCCUAGUAAAACCUACGAUCCUCGCAUCAAGACCACCAAAGAUUUCCCUGAUGAAGUGGUGAGCUUCAUCCGCUACCACCCGCUGAUGUUCCGCUCCGUUUACCCGCUGAGCGGCCGACCCAUUUUCACGCGGGUCCGAGUGGACUACACCCUCACCCAGGUGGUGGUGGACCGAGUUUUAGCAGAAGACGGACAGUAUGAGGUCCUAUUCCUUGGGACAGAUGUUGGCACAGUCCUAAAGGUUGUGAGCAUUACCAGAGACCAGUGGUCUACUGAGGAAGUUGUGCUUGAAGAGCUUCAAGUGUUUCAGGUUCCCACUCCAGUACUAAGUCUGGAGAUUUCUUCUAAGCAGCAACAGCUGUACGCGGGUUCCAGCGAGGGUCUGGCGCAGCUCUCGCUCAGCAGAUGUCAUCUGUACGGCCAAGCCUGCGCCGAGUGCUGCCUGGCCCGAGACCCGUAUUGCGCCUGGGACGGUCACACGUGCUCCAGAUAUGUCCCUGCGUCCAAGAGGAGAGCAAGGCGACAAGAUAUCAAGCAUGGAGACCCUGCUAGCCAGUGCUGGGAUACAGAGGACAGUCUCGGCGUGGGACAUGUAGAUGAGCGGAAUCUCUUCGGCGUGCAGAGCAAUUCAACGUUCCUGGAGUGCAUCCCCAAAUCUCAGCAGGCCCAGAUCCGCUGGUUCGUUCGCAGGACUGGAUCCGAACAUAGGGAGCAGGUCAGGCUAGACGACCGCGUUAUACAAACCGACAGAGGCCUACUUAUUAGAUCCCUGCACGCGUCCGAUGUAGGCGUAUACGAGUGCGAAGCCCAGGAGCGCACUCACUUCGCACACACUCUACGCCGGCUCACCCUACAGCUAGUCCCGCACGGACAACUGGAGCGAAAGUCCAAAGCCACCGAGGACCCGACGACUGAGCUACGUCAAGGACGCCGUUACAAAGACUACCUGAGGCUCAUGAGCUCCCCCGUGGGGUCCCUGGAAGAGUACUGCGACUCCCUCUGGCUCGAGAAGAGGCCGUCUAAGGCCCGCGGUCGAGCCUUGGGUGCAGGAAAAUGGAAACACAUGCAGGAAAUGAAGAAGAAUCGGAACAGGCGGCAUCAUGGAGAGAAGGAAAGUGUGACUGACAAACUGUAG